AUGGCGAGGCGCCGAGAGAGGCACAGAAGAGACAGAGACACAGGAAGAGCAGCAAGGCCAGGGGGGAGGCAGUCUCCGCGUCAUGUGUCAGGCAAUUCCAACGUUCGUCCACCCACCACCACCUGCACCAACGACGACGACGACACCAGCGACACCAUCGUGACCGUGACACCCGCCAUCUUGUCCUUCCAUACCAUCCACAUCAGAAUUCAGAAAACAGAGGCAGAGUUAGCAGUUAGCAGAGUUACCCCUGGUAACUAA